GUUCGGGCAUGUUGUGUAAAGUUACGCGUCACCUUUCAGAGAUCCCGCAGUCGUUCCUCAGUCGCCUUCCAGCUAGGAGCUUGAUCAUAAGAGCCACUUUCCAUCUUCCUAAAUUAAUUCAUAUCGACUUGCCGUUUACUAUUAUCAAGAAAUGCAUUCUCAACCCGUCUAAUUUGUCACCGAUACAUAUUGAAAAUAUCGCUGGUGUUCUUGAAAGAGGAAAAUACAAUAACGAGAGAAGCAAACACGUGACGUCAGGUGACUAGUGAAAGAGAAAAACACGAAGAAAAACAUUUGUUCCCCUGAAUAUUAAACGAUUGGCAUUGUGACGUCUGACAGCUGAUUAAACAAGAAUAGAGAAAAGAGGCCAGCUUUGUAUAUUAAUCGUUAACGCUAGCGAGCAUAACUGCAUCCUGUCUUUUCUUUUCGCGACAGUGAAAGUACCAGGAAAGGAAAGAAAAAAGCCGGCUAUCUCUUUAACGAUACUCCUAUUUACGAAAGAACGAGUAAGAAGGGCAUCGUCGCAAGUCAGUACACUUUCAACGAAUUUGCAGAGAAACAUAAUAACGUGAAAAACCGUAACAUCAUCGUUCAUGUCAUCGCGCUGUGUCGUGAUUGACGAUUGAUAAGUACAGAGGUAUCAUCAUCAAAUUCGCAACUACAGAUUCACGAUGGAACUUGGAGCAGACCGGUUAUUGCGGAUUAUCAUACCGUUCCUCAUUCUUGGGGUGUGCGCCAGUAUUGAUAAAUUAAGGGUCCUGUAUUCCUGGAAGACCAUGAAGUUCGCCUUUCUGAGCGAGCAUGAAAAAGAAACUGCCAUACGAGACGGUCGUUUUAUUGAUGGAGCUUCGAUACCAAUUGACAUGGAUUUUUAUUUUAAAGCUAAAGGAUCGACAGUCUUCAUCACGAUACCAAGAUUUCAAAACGGAAUACCAGUCACCCUUGGCUACGUCACGAAUAAUGCCGAAGAUGGACAACAUCUAAUUGCACCGUAUCCAAAUUGGGAAUGGAACAAAUUGGGGAAUUGCGAUGCGAUCACCAGCGUUUUCAGAAUACAGGUGGACUCUUGCGAAAGAUUAUGGGUCCUCGAUACAGGCAAGCUCGGUAACCGACAACUCUGUCGUCCUCAACUGCUGUCGUUCUCGCUGCAGACAAACAAACUCUUGACCCGAUACAAAUUCCCCAAGGAACAGUUCAAGGACGAUUCAUUGUUUGUCGCGCUCACGGUCGAUAUUCGUGACAGUGGAGUGGGAGACAAAUGUCGCGACACGUUCGUCUACAUCGCCGAUGUAACCGGAUUUGCAUUGAUCGUCUACGAUCAUCAAAACUCCCAUUCCUGGAAGAUUAACAACAAACUGUUCUUCCCUUACCCACCUCACGGAACAUAUCAUAUAAGUGGGCAUACGUACGAUCUCAUGGACGGGAUUAUAGGUCUCGCCCUAAGCCCCGUAAAGGAGAACGGUGACAGGAUCUUAUAUUUCCAUUCCAUGGCCAGCAGAGUCGAAAGUUGGGUGCCCACUUCCGUCAUCAGAAAUUAUAGCCUCUUUCGAGAUGAUUCUGAGUCUGAGCCAAGGUCGUUCCGUUCUUUCGCUAUGGAGAGAUCAUCGCAGUCGGUCGCACAAGCCAUGGAUCAAAAUGGAAUUCUCUUUUUCGGUCUUUUGUCAGAUUUAGCAAUUGGAUGUUGGAACAGUAUAAAAUAUCCCGAAUACGGUGGCACCAAUACUGAAAUAGUCGUCGUCAAUCCUGAAACUUUACAGUUUCCGUCUGGAAUAAAGAUUAUCAUACCAAAUAAUAACCGUGAAGAGUUAUGGAUCCUCACGUCGUCGUUCAAUAAGUUCAUGACCGACUCCUUGCAUAAGAACGAGACCAAUUUCCGAAUACAAGCCGGCUACGUAGACGAAUUGAUCCGCGGCACCAAAUGCAGCGCCCAACCCAGGUUUUUGCAAAAUAGUGCUUACGAAUCGCUCCAGUUCGUCAAAUGAAGAUUGUGGCACCGCGAGGAGUUCGACAGUCCGCGCUUCCAGAUACUGUCGUCCAUCCAAUGGCGAAAAUAUCCGAAUUCCUUCGCGGAGCGCCAACCCAUGUUGCAUUUCUCAAGAUUCUUCACUAGACCUUUUCCUUUUUCCUGGGUUACGAGAUCGUUCUACAAUCUCAGACCAGCCAAUUACACUGUCUUCGUCGAUCAUGAUUGAGGAACGCGCGAUACUACAUGUACCUUGUCUCUAUUGAUGACAGCCGCAAAAAACAUAGAAUCCGCUUAAUAUUCCUAAGAUCUUGCCCAAUGUAUUGGUUUGAAGAGCCAAUGUUGCUCGUGUUGCUAACCCAUAGUUUUUAAUCUCCUGUUGCUGUAGUACAUGCACUGAGACAAAAGAAUAUUUGAAAAUUUAUUUGUGGAAUAUAAAGUUUAUUCAGGGAAAUAAACUUUACCUCACAGAAAUAAACUUUAUCUCGCAGAAAUAAACUUUAUAUUUCACAAAUAAAUUUGCAACUAUUUUUCCUCAAUGUGCUGAGAAAAACUACUAGCGUUAGGUAAAAGAGCAGUUUAUUUACCAUUAUUUUCUCUAAUAUAAUAUAAAUAUUUCGUUACUCUUGUUAUAAAUAUCGGAUAACGAGCGUCAAAAUGCGCGUGCAUUUUUUAUCUUGUGCCUCAUUUUGUGUGUAUACACUGAGAAAAAACUAGUUGAAAAUUUAUUUGUAAAGUAUAAAAUCUAUUCGCAGAGAUAAACUUUAUUUUAUAAAAAUAAACUUAAUAUCUCACAAAUAAAUUUUCAAGUAUUUUUUCUCAAUGUAUAUCGUGUAGAUCCUUAUAAUAAUCCAUGCGUUACUAUUACUAAAAUAAUAUAUUUAUAUUAAUAUAUUUAUUUGACCGUUCUCUACGUACACUUGUGUGUACGACGAAACAAAGUCGGAAAUCUCGUAUGUGCCGGAAAGUAUUUAACUGUAGAUUACGAUAAUCGUAAGAGAGUAAUAUAUGCGGUCCCUAUUAAUACUUAUAACGGGGCAGAAACUUAUCCACUGUAUUUUAUAGCGACAUAAUUUCUUUUUUCAAACAAUUACAAACAAAUAGUGUUUAAAAAGAAAAAAAUCUGAGUGAAUCAGCUAAUAUUUAAUUGUGAAAUUCCAAUGAGAGAAGAUGCCUAAUCCUUGAAUAAAUAUAUAGCCAGAUAUAA